UGUUUCAACCGCCCAGUCAUGAACGGAACCCAGGGGAAAGAGGUGCAACUCCGUCCGCCGAGGUUGAGGACGGUGUCGUGGCAAGAGGAGAUCACUGAGGGUGACAACGAUGCACCGGGAACGCCAAAAACGCCCAGGACAUCGACGACACCAGGUCACGAAAAGUGCACGUUCCACCAUGAUCUCGAGCUGGACCACAAACCGCCGACAAGGGAGUCCCUGAUUCCCGACAUGUCUCGCUCUUACAAAAUGCUCCUGUCUUCCCUGGGAGAGAAUCCGGAGAGGGAAGGGCUCCUGAAGACGCCGGAGAGGGCAGCAAAAGCCAUGCUGUUCUUCACAAAGGGCUACGACCAGCGGAUCGAGGACAUACUAAACGAUGCCGUUUUUGACGAAGACCACGACGAAAUGGUGCUUGUCAAAGACAUCGAAAUGUUCUCCAUGUGCGAACACCAUCUGGUACCUUUCUACGGAAAGGUGUCCAUCGCCUACCUCCCGAACAAGAAGAUCCUCGGGCUAAGCAAGCUAGCCAGGAUCGUAGAAAUAUUCAGCAGGCGAUUGCAAGUGCAAGAACGUUUAACGAAGCAAAUUGCAGUUGCUGUGACCAAAGCUGUAAACCCAGAAGGCGUCGCUGUUGUCGUCGAAGCUGUGCAUAUGUGCAUGGUAAUGAGGGGUGUCCAGAAAAUCAACAGCAAGACCAUGACGUCAACCAUGCUUGGCGUGUUCCGAGAUGAUCCCAAGACUAGGGAAGAGUUCCUCAACCUUGUUCAGAGCAAGUAAUUGCUCUGUUGGAAAACCUACAUUUUCGCUCGAGUAACGACAAUACACCAGUGGUUCAUGUUCACUGUUAAUUUAUCAUAGACAAUAUUACGAAUAAAUAAAAAAAAGACACAUUUGUUAGUUUUUGUGCUACAAAUAAUGUGCUUUUAUUCAAUUUAAAUAAACAAAUAUCAAAAAUAAAGAAAAAGAAAUUGCUAUGAGUUGGAAACUUCACAAAAACAAAACAACAAACUCAAAGGCACAAUUUAGAGUUUAUUAAUAAGAUUUUAAUCCAAAUUAAGUGGUAAAAUAAAAAUAUAUAUAUUGUUGAAUGACAUUGAUUUUUGUACAAUAUUGAUUAAAUUGUAUAAACGUAUAAUUUAUUAUAUAAAAUCUAAAAAAUUGUUGAUAAUGGACUGAUAAACUAUUUUCUAAGAUGAUAUAUGUUGACAAUACUUGUUAUUUAAUGAAGUUUUGGACCAAUUUCAGAAUGGACCAAGUAAAAGUUUGCAUUUAUAUUGUAACAAUCAAAAAUAAACGUAUUAUUCUGACUUGAAUGUGACUCAAA